AUGACUGAGCUAUCUACCCGCUCAUCGCCGGUACAACGAGGUCCGGACGGACCGUAUAUCCAAAUACCAGGUCAGGAUCUGAGAUUGACAAAUUGGAAAGAAAGUGAUAUGGAAGCUGCAGUGGAGCUGAAUAAUCAUCCGGAUAUUGGUAAAUGGGCUUGUUUUCGACCUUAUCCAUACAAGCCAGAAGAUUAUGAUUACAGAUUGAACUUGAUCUCCGCCCACAAUUCUUCAGCUGAACUGUUCUUAUCUGAUACUGCACCGCCCUUAUCCGCACUGGAGAAAGAAUCAGAGUUACCUCUGUCAGCUGUCAGGAACUCGGCUGGGAGACUGGUGGGUUCAUGUAGUAUCGGUCCGUCACAGAAGGAGCAAGGCAGUUGGGAACUCGCGUACGACCUUCAUCCUAGUCUACAAGGUAAAGGUGCUGGUAAAGCUAUGGUCGCGGCCUUAUUGGAUUUAGCGAAGUGGCUAAGGAUUAAAAGGGUAGUAGCUUUUUGCGAACCAGUAAAUCUUGCCUCAGCAGGUCUAUUGAAGAAAUCAGGAUUCACGUAUGUCGGCGAGAAAUUACAAAAAUUUCCUGAAGAGAAAGGAGGCAUGGAGAAAGUCAUACAUGGCUAUGAGAAGAUACUAUAA